GCGGCGUCUGUCGGUUGCCUAGCGACGGCGUCCACACUAGCCCUCUGUAAAUCAAGUCAGCUACUGUUCGCCGGCUACCUACAAGGCCGCCAUGGAGACUGAGAGGGGCUCCUUCAUCUCCCGGGACGUGGAGACCCCAAAGAAGGAGGUGCAGCUGCGGGUGACCCCUUCGGAGGUGAAGUUCCUGGACACGCUGGCCGGGAGGGUGUACCGCCUGCCGGUUACCGUACACAACCUCGGCCGUUGCAACCAGAAAAUCCGGUUUCAGGAACCACUCAAGCCACAGUUCAAACUGAUUUUGACCAAUCUGGAUAAAGCACUUGCUUCUGGACUUCAGAUGACAGCUAUGGUGGAAUACCAUCCUGAUAAGGAUGAAGACACUUAUGACCAACUACUUAUCUCAAUAGGAAAUAAAAUAAUAGAGAUCCCUCUACUUGGGUUGAUUCCAGCCUGUCAAUUGGAAAUUGAGUCAGAAGUUAAUUUUGGCACAUUGGUUGCCAAUAGCAAAGUAUAUUGUAAAGAGAUUAAUAUCAUUAAUCAUGGCAGAGCUCCAGGUACAUUUAAAACAGAAUACCAGGGCCAAUUGCCCAUUGUCAUUUUUCCAAGUAAUGGUGUUGUGGAGUCCAAGUCAUCAGUGAUUGUUAAAGUGGAUUUGUGUGCAGACCAGCCCAGAAUUGUAAAUGAAGUGGCAAAAGUAAGUUUGCAAGGUCGUCCAGAUAUGCUCCUGAGGGUCAAAGCUCAUGUGGUUGAACAGAUUAUUGAAUUGCUAAACAUGAGUGGUGACAAGAAGUUGGAAUGCAUACACUUUGGUUCUGUUUUCUUCGGAACUUCAAAAAUUGAACAUGCACUUCUGUACAAUAAUAACCCAGAACCCAUAAAUUGGGUGGCCAUAAUACAGGAUGAUUCAGUUGGAGAAGAACUGGGUACUAAUAUUCAGCAAAGAACAGAUGUUGCUUUAAAUAAUCUCCCUUACUUAAGCCGAAUAAAGAACAUAGAUGUUACCACUUUUAUCUCCUGUAUUCCUAAUGAAGGGAGGUUGCUACCUUAUCAAAAGACCAUAAUUACAUUUUGUUUCAGCCCAAAGCUAAUUAUUGAUGGUAAAAAGAAUUGCGAUCCUUCACAUAGGCAAGACUAUGCUCUUUUUUUGAGAUUUGAGUCUGUGGGAAGUAAAGAUGGAUUUCUGAGAGAUGAUAACAAUAAAACUAUCAAAAGUGAUCGAUUUCGGAAAGUGGAAUUAGCACUGACGGGCUCAGGACUUCCUGUCGUUCUACACUUUGAUCCUGGAAAUUUCCUUAAUUUUGCACCUUGUUUUAUGGGUGAACAUUCAGAGACGGUGUGUAUUAUGCAAAAUCGAUCCAAGUCACUUUCCGUGACGUACCGCUUUAAAAAAACUGCACAUUUUAAAAUUGAUCCUGAAAGGGGCAAGAUUGAUGAAGGAUGUAUCCAGAAUGUGAUAUGUUCAUUCAUUCCACAUCAAGUAGGAGUCUUUAAAGUGAAGCAAUUGAUAGAGAUUAUUGGCUCAGUGGCAGAUGAAAAUUUUCAGUCUACAUCUCUGAAACCUUUUCAUCAAAUAUAUUUAUAUUUCAAGAGUGUCUGCAAACCUUCCACCAAGAAAGUUGUGAUGAAAGUUAAUCCUGGUAUAUCCCCUUUGGUCAGUAAUCCAACGGGACAGUUUGUGGUCAGAGACUUGCCAAAAUACAAGGACUGUGCACCUGUUGCAAUGCUUCAAUCAACCAUGACACACCUUCACAAUCAUCACCUAAGUAAAGAGUCACCGAAGGAUGCACUGAUAGCUUUUCCCAAUGAUCGAGCUGCAAGUAUCAGGUCUGGAGACCAGCAUAAACAUUACAGGACGAUUUUCACAAAGAUUCCAAGAUAUAACUAUGUGGAUCCUGAUUUUGCGUACACUAAAUUGGAAAGAAUUGGAAAGCAAGAACAUGAAAACUAUUAUGAAAGAUAUAUUAAACAUUUAAGAAAUGUGCGCAUGCAGAAACAGGCAGAGAGGGAAUGUAUGGAUUCAUAUAACAAUACAGACAUAGGAUUACAGCCAGCAUCAGGUCUAAAGUCACCUUCGCUCUCAGAAACGGAAAUAGAAGAGGAAUCAUCUGCAGCACAGCGUCGGAUCAGACGUAACCAGUUGCUAAAUACUAGGAAUAUAGCAUCCAAGGAGACAAAGGCUCUGAAAACAAAGGUUCUCAAAGGACUUAAAUCAGACCCAUCCACACCCCAUGAAAAACAUGACUGCAGCUUAAUUUUGACACCAAAGCAAAUUCAUCAAGUAAUUAUUGGGCCCUCUGUCCUUAAUUUUGGUGAUAUUUGCGUGAACUCCACAAAUACUCGUCUACUGCAUGUUGUUAAUAUGCUACCUAUGCAUAUUUUGAUCCAGCUAGAUAUUAAUUUGAAAGAACUUCAGAAAACCAACCAGUUUUCAUAUGUGAUUCCACCUACAGCUAGUACUUAUAUUUCAAUGGUAUUUGAAUCUCCCACCAUUGGAAAAUUUUGGAAGUCAUUCACCUUUACAGUGAACAAUAUACCUGGUGGGCAUAUCCUAGUGAUGGCCGUUGUCAUGCCAGUAGAACUGGAGCUAUCUUCUAAAGAGCUAGUUUUGAGACCACAUGGCUUCUCGAUGAAAACAUGUUUUAUGGGGACAGUUGCUUUGUAUAACCAUCAGAAUUAUUUUGCCAAAUUUGAAUGGCAACCAGUAAACACAGAAAGAGGAAUGGCAUUUUCCAUUCGUCCAGCUAAAGGCACUGUUGAACCAUAUUCCUCCUUGCAAUGUGAAGUAACUUGGCAGCCAGGUUUCAGUUCUCCGGAAAGGGGAGAAUUUGUUCUUCACGUCAAUGAAGGAAACACAAUGACCCUAAAAUGUGUUGCACAAGUAAUGAUUUCCAUUGGAUAUGAUUUUUAUUUUGAAGACUCUAAAUUGGUUGGGCAUAUAUAUGUGUGUAUAGUUAGGUAUAUAUAUAUUAGUAAAACUGAUUUUCCUUGCAGUAUUUUUUUAACUGAAUUACCCAUCCUCUUGGUACCACUUCUCUACCAUAAAUGAAGACUUUGCUAAAAAAUGGUAUUGUGUUACCUAGAAUUAACUCAGAAAUCCAAGACUUUGGUGCCAAUGGUACUAGAUUGUUAUUAGAGCCUUUAUAAACAUAAAAUAGCAUGAGAGCCACUUAACAAUUACUUCAUUAAAAGAAAAGAAAAAUAGAAAAAAUUGUGUUUUUGUCCUACUAUAAUGCCUUGUUAGAAUUCUAGUAGUAAUUAAUAACUCAGUGUGAAAUGGAUCAUGUAAUUUACAUAGUAAGGAGAUAUGGAAAUUCUUAUUUUUAUAGAACAUACUGCUUAUAAUAAAAAUGAGUAAAGUUAAAACUGCAGUAUGUUGAUUUUAACAUUCUGUGGUAGAGCCCAGAAGGCCUUAAGUUCAUGCCUUGUCAUCACCAAGAAUCCACUUUACUUGUGUACUAAAUUUUCUUUCCAAUAUUGGUAGUAAUUUAACAAGUCAAUGCUGUUUU